AAUGGAAUGAGCGCGAUGUCGGACUAUAUAACACCCUCACUGUGAAUUCAUCAUUAUCAGUCAGCUGUCCAGCAACAUCAUCUACAACAACAUGCAGGUUUUUAUCAUUGUUGCUUUCAUGGCCAUGGUUUCAUGCCAACCUCCCUAUUACCAGCAACCCUACAAUCCCUACCCAGAGUACAAGCCGGAAUACAAGCCGGAAUACAAGCCGGAAUACAAGCCGGAAUACAAGCCCGAGUAUAAACCGGAAUACAAACCAGAAUAUAAACCCGAGUACAAGCCGGAAUACAAGCCAGAAUAUAAACCGGAGUACAAACCUGAGUAUAAGCCAGAAUACAAACCAGAGUAUAAACCAGAAUACAAGCCGGAAUACAAACCGGAGUACAAGCCAGAAUACAAACCAGAGUACAAGCCAGAAUACAAGCCAGAAUACAAACCGGAAUACAAGCCUGAAUACAAGCCUGAAUACAAGCCUGAAUACAAGCCUGAAUACAAGCCUGAAUACAAGCCUGAAUACAAGCCUGAAUACAAGCCUGAAUACAAGCCUGAAUACAAGCCUGAAUACAAGCCUGAAUACAAGCCUGAAUACAAGCCUGAUUACAAGCCUGAAUACAAGCCUGAAUACAAACCAGAGUACAAACCGGAAUACCCAGCUACUUCGUACAAACCCGAAUACCCUGCCUACAAGCCGGAAUAUGCAGCCCCAACCUACAAACCGAAUUAUCCAGCACAGACAUACAAACCCGCAUACCCGGAAUACAACAAGCCAGCUUAUCAUGAGCCAACCUACCAAGCCCCAGCCCACAAACCGUCCUACACACAACAAGCGUAUAAACCCGAAUACAAACCUACCUAUCCUGAAUAUCAACCCUAUUCCCCGCCCAAGUAUCCUUCUUACACUCCCACAUACUCAGUCAAAUAUUAAGCAAAAGACAUGUUUCAUUUACGCUAGCGUGUGAUGUUAUUUUUUAAAGAGAGUUUACUUUAUGUUCCAAUAAAUUCAGAAUCAAUAUUA